UUUGGUUUUUUCUUUCCCCUUUUUGGAAUGGUACCAUGUGCAAAAGGAAAUACAUGGAAGGUGGGGUGGAAAGCUUGCUACUUUUUUUAUUAUUUUUUUCCCAGAAAAAUAAAAUUUUCCGGGGAAACAAACAAAUGAUACAGCAGCACCACAAAUCUUGCACGCCUUCUUCUAACCCUGAUUAGCUGCUUUUGUCUUCCCCCCAUCCAUCUGCUGCAAACAUCACUUCCUCGGCCUUCUACCCAGCAAUGGCGAUGGCGGACCAUGAUCUAACUACACAUCUCCUCUCUCCCCGCGCUUCUGAUGAACCCCAAACCAUCCUCACCGUCCAUGAUGAUGACUCCGUCUCCAAGCCAUCUGAUCCAACAACAGGUCAACCGCUUCCUCUCAGAAACGGCUAUCAUCAUCAUCAUCGGAAUCACAAUCACAAGAAGAACGACUUCUCUCAAGCUAACCACAUCAGUGACGCCAAUUCUUCUUGUAACCCAUAUGAGUUUAUUGGGUCAACCGGGUUAUCGGUGCCCGAGACUACCGCGGUGGAUCCGUUUCGAAACGGGACGCCUCGGAUUGAAGGGGUUUAUGAAGUCAUGAAGAUUGUGGUGUGUUUGCCGAUUGUUUUUGUGAGGUUGGUGCUCUUUGGGUUGUGUUUGGCUGUGGGUUAUGUCUCCACCAGGUUGGCAUUGGAGGGUUGGAAAGACAAGCAGAACCCAAUGCCCAAAUGGAGGUGUAGAAUCAUGUGGGUAACUAGAAUUUGUGCUCGUCUCAUCCUCUUCUCUUUUGGGUAAGUCGGAUUUGCCUACUUGUUUUUUCUUCUCUUUAGUUUGUUUCAUAAAUCUGGAUUUCUUCUUUUUUUGCAGAAUUCUUUCCCCUGUUUUUUUAUUUUUGAAAGAAUCCCCUGCUGAUAGCACUUUUUUCACCAUGUUUGGCCCGCAAAGAGCUGUCAAAGGAUGGGGAUAUGGUGCUGCAUGAGACUGUCUGAUGAUCCAUAGCUGUGUGUUUUUCCUGAGGCAAAACAUAGAUUUGUUGCUUGACUGAGAAAGCAAUAGUUAUUCACAACUAUGGGGGCGUAAUAUUUUCUUUUUUUUGGAUCUAGCCCCUCAAAAGAGACUGCCUACAAUGAAUAUUGAUCUUGUUAAAUGGGUAUUUAACUUGUAAUUUCAUGUUGUUUUGCAUCUAAGACAGAUCUUGUGACUCUACAAAUUUUGUGUGCUUAACUUGGAGCUUGAGAGCAUAGAAAUGAAAAUUAUUCAUGAUU